AUGUUGAUGAAUACAAAGGGUACAACCACUUACGUCCUGAAGAAUUUUACACAUACUCAGCAACAAAUUGCAUCUGAGCUAGAGAGAUGCACAACAUAUGCUGAAUCUCCUGCUAAUGUGAUAUCAACCUUUUCGACGGCUUUUCUCUUCUUGAAUCUCGCUGUAUUAACAGGAACCGCCCAACGACAUGGCCUUUUCGCAGCGUCCCAAGGUCAAAUACUUGACAUGAGUCUCUUCGAAGCCGUUCCCGACGUGGAAACGCGAUGGAAGGCCUGGAGCAAGGUAGAAUCCACGAAAAGGGUCAUCAUCAGCCUUCUUCUCUUGGACUCCUGGUUCUCGUCCCUCCUUUCAACAAAUCCAAUCGUUGCACCCGAUUCACUUGAAAUCAUCAUGCCUUGUAACGAGGCCUUAUUCAAUGCACCAUCAUCAAUACGCUGGACACAGCUCAUUCGCGAAGGCAAAAGAAUCAUCAUGUCAACCGUGCCUGCACCGUCAGAGAUCAGCAAAAUACCCACUCUAGAGGAUCCAAUGCACGAAUUCGGCAUGCAAGCGGUUCUUUCAAUGGUUCAAUUACGCCAAUCAGAAGCAUACUACCGCCUUCUUUCAGACCGCGCCCACUGGCCCUUCGCACCGUGCCAUACAUACGCAAUGGAUGGUCGGGCUCGAUGCCUGCCAUCUCUUCAAUCUCAAAUCGCAACAGAAUACAGCGAUGUCCUUCAACAGCUCAAUCCCAAUGCACUGAUAAUGUGGCACCACAUGUGUAUGGGGAUGACGGCCGAUCCCCAGAUAUUCGAUCUUGCAGCUGGUCGAGGUGGUCCUCAGCCAGCACGAAAGGCACUACAAGAUAUUGCGGAGUGGUCAAAAACCCCAGCAGCCAGACGAGCCUGUCUGCAUGCAGUUCAUAUUUACAAAGCCAUGACCAAUCGUAGAGCCUCGGAUCAUCCAACCUUUCACUCGGUUUUUGCUCUCUUCUCUGCUGCCCUUGUACUGGGCUUGUAUACGUUCAUGGUUCCUGAUUCUCCGGUCAUACCCUCCGGUGCUGGGAGCAUCGAGUUGAUGGAUGAUGUUGACUGGAAGGAAGUGGGACUGGAGGGGUUUACUUCCUUUAUGGAACCUAGGGGGAGCCAAUCUUCCUCAUUAGCUAAUGAUCCCACGAUAAAUUUCAUUCGCAAUGGAUCUACGAUAUUUCUUCGGGGUGUGCCUUUUCAUGGCGGAUACCAGUCUGCUCGCAGGAUUCUACUUGAUUACGCGAAUUUGCUCAAGGAUUCUGGGAAGAGGUGGACCGUCAAGAAGUUCUCUUAUAUUCUGCACAUAAUGAGCGAUGUGCUUAUGGAAGAGAUACCUCGUGUUUGA